AUGGGGCUGCAGGAUGCCCCAACUGAGGGAGCCGAUAAUCACCAACUCCUGGCUGGAGUUGUGCGCAGCUUGCAGGCCAGCGGUGCCCGUAAUCGGCACGGUCAAAGCUGGGCAGAGUGGCUGGAAGCAAGGGGCAAUGUGUCCGCCCGAGAUCCGGCAAGGCACGAGAUCAGUGCCUUGAAAGCCUUCCUGGAGGAAUGUGGAUCUGGAGAUUUGGGGAGCAAAGUUCUGCGUAACCACCGGAAGAGGCUGAAGGCAAAGGAGCAGCUCAAGGAAGCUCUUGGCAGUGAUCGGACCGCCAGUCGCCUGCUGCGACUAGUGGAGCUCACAAGAGCUCACCCAAACUUCGGCCUCUUCUUCGGACUCGCCGGUCUCGGAGAAGGUCGGAGAAGGUCACGGGCGGCAGCCACCCCGGACACGGACACCUUUCAGGCUUUGCAGGCAGAGGACGUUUUGGUGGCAAUGGACUGCGAGAUGGUUUCCACGGAUCUGGAGGAGGAUGCGCUCGCGCGCGUCUGCGUCUGCAACGCCCGGGGCGAGCUGCUGCUGGACAGGCUGGUGAGGCCUCCCGGGAAGGUCACAGAUGCCCGCAGCAGUAUCACCGGUAUCGAGACGAAGGACUUGGAGGUGGACUAUAGGCUCGAGGAUGCACAGGCAGACAUCCUCGGCCUAAUCCAUCCAUUGACGGUGGUUGUAGGCCACACAUUGCACAAAGACCUGGCUGUGCUACGGCUCGAUGCACCUUUGGUUUUGGAUAUUUCCCUUUUGUAUGGAGUCGAGGGUCAACCAAAGCGGCGACCCGCAUUGGCACAGCUGGUGCAGCACAUCCUUGGUCAGGACGACUUCCGUGCCACUGGCACGCACGAUUGUGCCCAGGAUGUGCUCGUGACGAUGCAGAUUGCUCUGCGGCGGCUGAGAGGUUCCGGGCACUCCCAAGAGAUGCCGGCAAUGAUUUGGGUGCCUCCCGCCCCUGCCAGCGACUCGGACCUGCAGGCAAGGACACUGUUCUUGCAUCGAAUACCGCGGCGAGCGGAGGCAUUCGGUGCCAUUACGAAGGUCUUCACCUCCUUACGAAGCGAUUUGGCAUCUCAUGUGGAGGGCAUCACGAUGGUGAAGGGAUCGGAGGGAUCCGGAACAGCCCUGCAAGGUGCCAGGGCCCUGUUCACGUCUGCAGAGGCAGCAGAAAAUGCAUUUCUGGCACUCUCGGCCGAGUCUAUCGAAGUUGACAAGGUCCAGCGGCCGCAGAAGAUGGUUCGCAUCCACUUCGAAGAUCGGGACGCUUUGAUUUGCGUUCGGCCAUGCCUGGGUGGGGUUGGCAAGGCUUGCUUGGCAGCUCCCCAAAGUGACUCGAAGCGUCUCCAAGCCGACGUGCCAGAGGCGAGGCUGGCGAAGACGUCACGUAAGGCCACGACCAAGGCCAAGGGUUGGCCUGGGUGGCGGCGAGCCGCAGAGGAGGCGCUCCGGGAUUCCGGCGGCUCGGCCCCUUGGAAGGACUUGCUGGAGGCCAUGGUUGCCAGGCGACGCACGCAGGCCGGGGGCCGCCCGGGCGAGGCAGAGGAGAGCCAGGAUCUCUUGGAGCUGCGAGCGCUGGCCGCCUUGCCCGAGGAGUAUCUCAGUGAUGCCGAUCCGAUGGUGCGCCUGCCCUCAAGCGGAAAAGGCUGA